AUGAGUGAGCUUAAUUCUAUUGAAGUAGAUACCACCGAAACGAUACAGGAUAUUGCCAUAAAGCUGGUCACUGAGCAGCUGAAAAAUGAAACGCGUCUUGCAACGGCACCUUCCGAACGAACGAUUUUUGUCCUUGGCAGUAAAGGGGUCGGAAAAUCAACGCUCAUCAAUAGGUUUCUGGAUCGUGACGAUGUUCCUCGGCCCACCCUAGCACUGGAAUAUUCAUUUGGCCGUCGUACAGCCUCGGGGCAAGGGGCGCAGAAAAACAUCUGUAACGUGUGGGAGCUGGGAAGUUUGGCUAACUCUGCUCAACUCAUUGAAAUGCCCAUCCGAUCACAUGGUUUGGCCUCAUUUUCAAGUAUCAUCAUGCUAGAUCUGGCCCAGCCCGAUCGCCUUUGGACGGAUCUGGAAGCCGUCCUUAACGGCCUUAAGCAAGCAAUUUCGAAACAUUCUUCCCUCGGACAGACGGACGAGAUGAAGGAACUAACGAUGCAGAGAAUAGGUAAAGAUCACCCAGAUCUGGCGACGCUGGAACUCUUUCCAUUCCCAAUUGUAAUUAUCGGUGGAAAGUACGACAUUUUUCAGAACCUUGAUUCGGAAAUUCGAAAGCACGUGUCCCGUUGCCUGCGCUCAAUCGCGCACACGUUGGGUGCGGCAGUAUUGUUUUAUUCAUCGAAAAACUCUUCCCUUACCAAGCUAGCUAAGGACACUUUGAACUAUUUGGGGUUCGCCAGUCCGUCCAAUCCCUUCCGUACCGCAGUCUUCGAUCCUUCGGCUCCGCUGGUUAUUCCUUUUGGGGCAGAUUCUUGGGAGCGGAUCGGGGUGACGCCUACAAACUCGGAACGAAUUGGGCACAGUUUUGUCACGCAGAUACCACAAGUUCCUAUCAGUCACAGCGUCGUUCCGGACGAUCCGGGCAAGGAUCCAGGAUUCAAAGAGUCAACAAUCGAUGAACUUCGAUCACAUAAGGACGAGGAGUUACUCUACGUUCUCAAGGAUACUGAAAUCCGCAUGAAAUUCGAAGUUGUCCAAUAGAUAGCUAUAUUUCAGGACAUCUUUAGUGGAAGUAAUGAUGUCAAGAACAAUAAUCGAACAUUUUAGGAGGUUUAUAUUAAGGGAAGAUGGUCACUGUAAUGCAUAGAGGAAACCAAU